AUGGCAGACAGUUGUUGGAAUUAUUGUGGACUUGAAUAUUUUCCUUCUUUAAUUACGAGAUCAAGCUCUGACAUUUGUUGCAACUUUCAGUACAACAACAACAAUAUUUCAAAUCAGGUUGUUGAAAUUUCAACCAGCUUCAACUCAAACUAUUCAAGCUCAGACUGCACUUGCGUUCAUUAUGAUAAAACUGCUACAUCUUUAGAUCACAAUGUAAACCCAGCAGAACAGCCAGUAAAUUUUUACAAGAGAGAGUUGCCUAAAUGUUGCAUUUCCUUUUGUUCUGAUGAUGGAAAGAAAAUAUUCCAAGAAGCCGUUGUUGGGCCAUUUAUGAAUUGUUAUUUUUCAUUAGCAUCUCAAUUCAGAACUCAAGACGAGCCAGCAUACUGCGGUCUCUCCACACUUGUCAUGGUCUUAAAUGCCUUGGAAGUUGAUCCAAACAGGGUUUGGAAGGGUCCUUGGAGAUGGUACCACGAAAACAUGUUGGAUUGCUGUGUGCCCCUGGCAAUCAUUGAGAAGAAGGGCAUCACAAUGGACCAGUUUUCCUGUCUGGCGGCUUGCAACAUGCUUAAAACUAAGGUCACCAGAGUUGAUGGCAACAGUUCUGAGGAAACUUUCAGAAAACUUGUGAAGUCUGUCACUCAAAAAACCAAUUGUAUUCUGGUGACAUCAUAUUCAAGGGUUACGUUACAACAGACAGGAGAUGGACACUUUUCACCCAUUGGUGGCUACAACGUCGAGAGAGAUAUGGUCUUAAUAAUGGACACUGCGCGUUUUAAAUACCCCCCUCACUGGGUUUCAUUAUCUCUCCUUUUCAAAGCCAUGCAGAGAUUGGACCCGUCUUGCGAUCUACCACGGGGCUAUAUAUUGUUAUCAAGAAACGAAUUAAACCCUGGGCUCCUGUUUCGAUUAUCAUCGUACUUCAGUCCUAUCGGAUUAGACUCGCGACUGCGUUAUUUUUUCAAAAGUUGGGAUAAUGUAUUGUCGAUCGAUCUCACUAACGUUGAUUGCGUUGGCAUCGAUGCCGCCGAAAUGGCCGUCGUGCAAAUUAUACGUCUGCUGGGUCAGCUCGAGAACGGCAUUCAUUUAAUGACCGCUCAGAUUAACGCUAAAUACGCUGAAAAGGUUCUUCUUUUUAUUGUCCAGCUUCUUGUUUUUGAAUUGACUGAAUUUAAAAAUUGUUUUGUUUUUCUAGGUGGGCAUGAAAAUUUACACGACAAACGUGCUUCAGUUAAUUUCAAGUUUUGA